AUGGCUGCUGGCAGCUCUCUUGGAGGGGCGAUCUUCCCCAUCAUGGUCAAAGGACUCGUGGCAGAGCGUGAUUUGAGGUGGUCUAUAAGGGCGGCGGCAUUCCUAAUCCUUGGCCUAUUGAUAUACGCCAAUCUCACUGUGAAGUCUCGCCUACCACCUCAGCCAAAACCCUGGAAUAUCAUGAAAUUCAUCAAGCCUCUCCGAGAAGUCCCCUUCUUACUCACAGUCCUAGCAAGUUUCGCCUUUUUCUUCGGCAUGUUCUUACCAUUCAACUUCAUAAUACUUUCCGCCGAGUCCAACGGAAUGAGCGCGAAUCUGGCCGGGUACUUGGUCGCCGUCCUCAACGCCGUUUCAAUAUUCGGGCCCUACAUACUCUUCGCUGCAUUCUACGGCUUCAGCUCUGGAGCCUUCGUCGCUUUGGCACCCGCCUUGAUAGCGCAAAUCAGUGACAUUCGUCAGAUUGGUGUAAGGACUGGAACAAUGUGUAAGUGA